CAGAAUGGAAGUGAAUGGCAAGAACCAAAUCACUUUAGCAUCUGUAAAAGGUGGGUACAAUAAAGUGGUGCCUAUCUUCUUUUCAUGAACCAUCCUCCAUAUAAUAAAUCACAAUACUCUUUCUCUUGUGAAAGUGCGCAAAAGCGAUAGCGAAAGAGAGAGGGGGUGGCGAAAUGGCUUCAACAUUGCUUCUUCUGGUUGUUUUCGUCUUUGAUCUCGUAGCUUUUGCACUCGCCGUCGCUGCUGAGCAGAGGAGGGCUUCCGCUACUAUACAGAGGGAUGCAACGUAUAACUAUUGUGUUUAUGAAUCAGACAUUGCUACUGGGUUGGGGGUGGGGUCAUUCCUAUUCCUUUUGGCUACUCAGCUCCUUAUAAUGUUGGCAAGUAAAUGCUUGUGCUGUGGAAGGGCGUUGCGACCUGGGCGUUCAAGAAGCUGUGCAGUUGUCCUAUUCAUCACCUGCUGGGUGGCAUUCAUCAUUGCUGAAGCGUGCUUGCUGGCGGGAUCAGUAAGGAAUGCAUAUCAUACUAAAUACAGGACUUUCCUGUCAGAACACCCUCCAUCAUGUGAGAUGCUGAGAAAGGGAGUGUUUGGGGCAGGUGCUGCCUUUAUAGUGCUCACCGGCAUACUCUCCCAGCUAUAUUAUGCCAGCUUCACCAAGGCCAAUGAUGCAAUCCUACAUGACAGAAGGGAUGCUGGAAUAAGAAUGGGAGCUUUCAACACAUGAAUUGAAGAUGAUAUAAACUCUCUGCUCUGCUUGUUAAUUAGUCUUUACAAAUUGACCUUAUUUGUCUUGGAUUAUUAUUAGAAACGUAUGAUUUAUUUAGGUAUUAUUAUUGAAAUGUAGUUAACACAUUGGUUGGUAUUCUAACUAUACAACUUGAGGCUUAUUUGUAUAUAUUCACUGGCUACCUGACGCUUUACCAUAUGGAUGUUUCUAGUUUCUAC